AUGCGAGCAAAAUAUCACAAACACACGACGGUGUUGGAAGCUGAAGUUGGUUACAGGCCAAGCUUUAUCUGGAGAAGCCUUCUAAGUGCCCAGGAUUUUCUCAAUAGAGGCUUGCGCUGGAGGAUAGGAAAUGGCGAUAGCGUUAGUAUCUGGGGAGACCGCUGGGUUCCCGCGGCCCCGGAGGGCUUCAUUGUUUCCGCCCCGUGCGGGCUGCCAGCUGACGCAAAGGUGCGAGAGCUCAUAAACCCCGAUACGAGACAGUGGGAUACAACUCUGCUUGCUGCAUGUUUAGAUAAGGAAAUGGAAGAGGCUGUCCAUAGCAUCCCAUUACGCGACACAACGGAGCAAGACAUCCAGAUUUGGGCGUCCAGCAGGAAUGGGGAAUUUGUGGUGAAAGACGCGUACCGGUGCUGGGUUGAACAGGAAAAUAAAGAUCAUGGCAGGACAGUUCCAGAUGCAGCCCCUGUUUGGAAGAAAAUUUGGAAGCUGAACGUUCCCCCAAAAGUUAGACACUUUCUGUGGAGAUUUGCCAAGGACUCGUUACCUACUGGGGUCAAAGUGAGUGCCCAUAACCCACGAUGGAGCGACCGAUGCCCGUUCUGUGAUCAAGUGGAGACCCAGGCACAUACAUUUGGUGAUUGUGAGUGGGGACGUCGCAUUUGGCGGCCAUCUCCUACGUCGGUCUGUUUUGAGAAGAAAGUCGGCGAAGACUGCCUAGCCUGGCUUGAGGCGGUGAUCGAUGAAGUGGAGCUCAAUCUCCUGGAGUCAUGGAGCGUCCUGCUGUACUACAUUUGGAAGGAGCGUAAUGCUCAUUUAUUCAAUGGGUUUAAGAUGAAUGAGCUGGAGAUUGCUACCUCAGCUGCUAAACUGCUAGCUGAUUACCAACUAAGACAAGAGAAAGAACUCAAUCUGCAGAUGGAAACUCCUCGAAAGGUGUGGACGGCUCCACCGACGGGAAGGAUUAAGAUCAACUCGGAUGCAGGAAUCUUGCCGGAGUCUCGGUGCUGUAGCAAGGGACUCAGCUGGCCGAUUCCUCUUUGCAGUGGCUAA